UUGUAUGACGUAACGUGGAGUAUCAACACGGCCACAGCUGUUGAAUAGAAAAGUCCGCGGAAUUUUAAAAAUAAGAGCAACAAUUCUGUGAUUUAUACACAUUUAACCGACCUAACACGUUACGUUUUGCCAUGUCGGUGAACUAUGCCGCCGGAUUAUCUCCGUACGCGGAUAAAGGCAUCUGCGGGCUUCCUGAGGCAUUUGAUACACCUGAGGAGCUAAAAGCUAAGGUGGAGACACUGGCUCAGCUGAUCAGAGAUUCGCAGUACAUGGUGGUGCAUUCAGGGGCGGGAAUCAGCACUUCUGUAGGCAUUCCUGACUUCAGAGGUCCUAAAGGCGUGUGGACAAUGGAGGAGAAGGGAGAGACGCCUCACUUUGACACCACAUUCGAGGACGCAAAGCCCAGUCUGACUCAUAUGGCCUUACUGCAGCUGCAGAGAGCCGGCUACCUCAAAUACCUCAUCAGCCAGAAUGUGGAUGGCCUGCACCUGCGCUCUGGCUUCCCCAGGGAUCGAUUGUCAGAGCUUCAUGGAAACAUGUUUGUUGAAGAAUGCGAGAAAUGUGGGAAGCAGUACGUGCGUGACACAGUAAUUGGGGUGAUGGGUCUGAAGCCCACCGGGCGUUACUGCGAAGUUACACGUUCCAGAGGACUCCGAGCCUGCAGAGGGAAGCUGAUCAGCACCAUCCUGGACUGGGAGGACUCUUUGCCUGACAGGGAUCUGAACAGGGCUGAUGAAGCGAGCAGGAGGGCUGACCUGGCCCUAACAUUGGGUACGUCUCUACAAAUUAAGCCCAGCGGCGAUCUGCCUCUUCUGACCAAACGUACCGGAGGCAAGGUGGUGAUCGUCAAUCUGCAGCCAACUAAACAUGACAAGCAUGCCCACCUGCGUAUCCAUGGCUACGUCGACGAGGUCAUGAGUCAACUGAUGAAGCUGCUAGGGUUGGAGAUUCCGGAGUGGGCGGGGCCAAUGCUAUGUGAAAGCUCUGGAGGUGAUGCAGACAUUCUACCUUAUGGUGCUUGGAAGAAGGAAGUAAAGAUAGAGCUGAAGAUAGAGGAGAAGAAAGACUUUGGGCUGAAGAAGAAAAGGAGGACGAAUGACAAAAAUGCAGAGAUUACUGAGAAGGGAGGAGUCAAAAAAGAGGAAGAAGAGGAUGCGAAAUGUGAGCAGGAGGCCUUGAUUGACAGUAGGUUUGAGCCAGUUACAACAGAGAACGCCAAUAGCUCUUCACAGAAUGCUCUCUGCUCCUCUCCACUGGACGAUACGGACACAUGUGAAGCUAAAAAGCCACGGACUGACCCUCCUUCCUCCUAGAGCUAGACACCCCAGGAGGUUCAAAUUGCAAAGACCAGCAAUACAGCAAUCUCAGGCAGACUCCUAUACACUACAUAGAUCCGGUUGUACUGUACUUCUUCUAGGCAGCCAGUAGACCUCUUUCUGUUGUCUUGCUGAAAACUGGAGUCUAGUCUUGAAGCUGUGUGUAGUAAAGGGUGGGUAAUAUGGCAAAAACAUAACAUCUUGUUAGUUGAAGACAUUACGAUACAUGAUGCGUAUCGCAAUAUUUAUUUUUUGUGACAUUUGCAAGCAGGUUGCAGCAGGAAAGCAGCAGUGCCAUGUUUAAAAAAGGCUGUAGAAAUUUUACAAAUUAAACUAUGAUAGAAAAGGAGAAAAAAAUCAAACAAUUGGUAAAAAUUAAUUAAUAAAUUCAAAGACAAACCAUAAUGGGCAGACAUCCAAUUGGCUACUUGUAAAGUUGCAGUUUAUGCAGUUGCUAUAAACUGGUGGUGGUUGUUGUUGUUUACAGGCUGUCUAUAAUCUGCCUUUUUUAACGUUUUUAUGAUGCAUACAGUAGUUCAGUGUUCUAGAAAUAUUGAUUAAACUCAAAUGCAUAUUGUGACAUCAUAUAUCAUGAUAAUGUUGUCGUAUUGCCCACCCUUAGUGUGUAAUGCAGUAAAAUGUCAGAACAGACUGAUAUGCCAUUGACAUCUGCCGCUGGUGUCAGUAAUGACAUGACUAUUGCCAGAGGUGGGAGGACAUUGAAGCCAUUGGAAGUGAACUACACUGAAAAAAGUGGUGCAUUGUGUUUACUUAAUUUCCAUACUAAGAAUAUAUAUUGGAUUAGCACAAUUUUAUCUGAAAGUUUACUUCCUUUUAGCAAGAAUUGUGUUCAAUGUUAUAUUCAAAUUAUGUACAUUUGAAUCACAAAUUUAGUGCAUCACUUUUUUUCAGUAUAGUAGCUUGUCAGAAAUGCUACGUGCAGCUCUAACCAACCCUGAUAUCAAGAUUAAUGCUUCUGUAUGUUGAUAGCAGGAGUGAGGGACUUUGCUAGACUCAGAGCAAGCUGGCUGAAAUUAUGAAGUUGGAGAAAAACUUGGUGACGACUGUUGAUGAUAACCAUUGGAGGGAAGUCUGUAGAGUCAGAAUGCACGAUGAGUUUAGUCCCUUCUAAUCUUUCAAGCUGAACAAAGCGCAGGGAAGUGGUGAAAAGCAUCAGCUUUGCAGAACGCUCUAUGACAGCAUGACUGAAUCAAAGCAUCCAGCCAGACACCCCAUGUUUCCUUUCUUUAUGUUUUUUUAGUGAUAUGAUGGUGUUACUUCAUUUUAUAUUCUUUUUAUACCCAUCCUAAGUUUGUAAAUAAACACCAACUCCAAAGGAUGCUGAUGUGUUGGAGAGUGAAUUAAAGAAUCCUGAGAGUGAGUUGGUGUUUGUGUGUUUUUCUUGGAAAGCUACAUGCAGAAAAAGCAAACACACUGGAAUGGCAGACAAACAUAAUUUAAUCUUGCUCAGGUAAGGCAACACUGCCUUAUCAGCAGUAAAAAAGCUGUGGAUUUGUCCCCCACGGCUGCACUGAGAUUUCCAACGUGCCCCUUGGGCAGCCAGAAGCUGACUGCACACAGUGGCGGUCAGUAAGCAGGCAGAUUGGCCCAGAAAACGUCUUGCUCAUUCUGUCUGGCUGGCAUAUGUUGUAUUAUGGCCAAUGACUCGGUCAGCAUAGCACUCUCACGCACCAGCCUCCCAGAUGUAGUGAUUGUUCUUGAAGAAUGUGAUUGCUGGCUGCCUGGAUAAGUUUUGUGAUUGCUGAUUUAUGGCUUGGAGAGUGUGCCGGCAAGGCAGUCAUGAGCCAUUUUCUGGAAGGUUUCAUUAGAAGAGAGCUCUUCAGCCCUCAAAGCUUCUUCAGCUCUUAACAGUCAUCUCAAGGCGCCAACAUGAAUAGGGUUCUACUAGUGGCUGCAGUCCUCUGUGUAGGCCUACCUCUGUUUCUUUGCAUUUCAACAACUGUUACAGUUACUCUAGUACCUGUACUAGCCAAUUAACCAUUAACUGACAAAUAAACAUUUGGCUAGUGCUUUCGGUUCACUUCCAAGAAACAAUUGAUUUUUGAAUAAGCAGGCUUUUUCAUUCGAUUUAAGGACCAUUUUUGAAGUGCCCUCAUGAAUUGUAUUCAUGAGGGCACAAAGCCACAACUUGUUCUGGUAGUCAUGCUUAGUGAUGCACAACUCUGGGUUUUCUGGAGUCCACUUGACUCCACUUAAUUUUAACCGACAGAGCUGUUGAUACAGCACAUUUUUAGCUACAGAUCACAGUAAUAUGAUGAAAAUCCAUGCUUUUCGAAUCUGAGCCAUUUGCCAAUAGUCCACCCUGGCACCCAGACAAGUUGCAGUCAAAGAUUGUGCUCAUGUGGAUACGUUGGUAUUUCCCAACAUAAAUGACAGGAUAUUUAGCCUCAUAACACAGUGUUAAGGUAGGCUACAAAAAGAAAAAUGUUCAUGAAGAAAGCCCUGCCCUUCGAGAAAAAGAGCCAGUCAGCUUGCUGGAUAUGCUGUGAGCAGGGAAAGCCAAAGACCCUGCGCCACAUAUUAGAGAAUCUCUGGGAAAGCCCCCAUCGUUGUCAAGAUUUGCAUAAGCGCAGUAGCCAGAACAAUCUGAAAAAGCACAGUUUUGGUGUGUUACUAAGCCAAACACUAUAAUCCAUUUAUGAGGUCUUUGUCAGAUUUUACCAGUAAUUCCAAACAUGUUUUUAAAACAGUAAUCUCACCUUCAGUUUCGAGUAUUUUGGUCUCUCCCCAUUCAAAGAGUUAUGGGUCUGUUGUUGUAUGGCUUGUAUGCCAUGUUUCUGUUGAGUGUAGCCCUAGGCUAUAGCCUACAAAUGUUGAUGUUGGCUAAUAGUUGAUAGUUAGCCAUGUAGCUAGUGAUGUAGUUAGUCCUAUGACAAAAAAAGCUUAAAAGCUAUAAACUGUCGACCGUAUGGGUUAGUGUCAUGGUUAAAUUGAUUGUUGUUUAAUCUAUGCAUAUGAACUUCAUGCUAGCCCCAGUCAGGCCAUAAUUGUUAAUUAAUUGUUCAUUUGGCUAAUAAUAUGUGGUAAAUGUAAGCUAGUACUCUAGCCUACAUUCUGUUACUGACAUUUGUUAGGUUGCAGUUUUCAUUCAAUAAACCCUAAAACCUG